AUGACCUCUCGCCUUGUAGCCUUCCUGCUGUUUGUGGUCACGCUUCCAUGUCCAUGGCGCGUCGACGCGGCGCGUGACUGGCUCGCCCGGGCCGCCUCGAUCGCCGUCGAGGACCACGCCGACGACGUCCUGCGCUCGCCGGACGGCACGUUCGCCGCGGGCUUCUACAAUGCGUCGCCCACCGUCUUCACCUUCUCCGUCUGGUUCGCGCGCGCCGCCGACCGCGCCGUCGUCUGGACCGCGGCGAGGGCGCGCCCCGUGCACAGCAGUGGCGCGCGCGUCACGCUCGACGCGCGCCGCGGCGCGCUCGUCCUCACCGACUACGGCGGCGAGGUGGUCUGGAACUCCACCGCCGGCAUCGGCCGGACGACGGCCUCGCGCGCCAGGCUCCGCGACUCCGGCAACCUGGUGCUCGAGGACGCCGCUGGCAACGCGCUGUGGCAGAGCUUCGACUACCCCACCGACACGCUGCUCCCGACGCAGCGGCUGACGGCGGCGACGCUGCUGGUGUCGCGCGACCGGCUGCUCUCCGCCGGCUACUACCGGCUGGGGUUCAGUGACUACGCCAUGCUCUCCCUCUUCUACGACAACGGCAACUUCUCCAGCAUCUACUGGCCCAACCCUUACUUCAGCUACUGGCAGAACAACCGCAAGAUCUACAACUUCUCGCGCUCGGCCGCCAUGGACGCGCUCGGCCAGUUCCUCUCCAGCGACGGCACCAACUUCGAGGCCGCCGACCUCGGCGCCGCCGGCGUCAGGAGGCGGCUGACGCUGGACACGGACGGCAACCUCAGGGUGUACAGCUUGGACGAGGCCACCGGGACGUGGUCGGUGUCGUGGAUGGCGUUCGGCAACCCGUGCAACAUCCACGGCGUGUGCGGCGCCAACGCCGUCUGCCUCUACUCGCCGGCGCCGGUCUGCGUCUGCGCGCCGGGGCACGAGCGCGUCGACGCGAGCGACUGGAGCAGAGGCUGCCGGCCGACGUUCCGGCUCGAGUGCAGCCGGCCGACGAAGCUGGUGGCACUGCCGCACAGCGACUUCUGGGGCUACGACCUCAACGACGGCGGCAUCAUGCCGUUCCACGACUGCGGCAAGAAGUGCCUCGAGAACUGCGCGUGCGUGGCGUUCCAGUACAAGGAGCACAUGGAGUGCUACCUCAAGAGCGUCCUCUUCAACGGCAGGACGUUCCCCGGCUUGCCGGGGACGGUGUACAUCAAGGUCCCGGCCGACUUCCACGUGCCGGAGUUCCACGUGCAUCAAUGGCAGCACGAGGGCGGCGGCCUCGCCAUCCAAGAAGACAUCGCCGGUUGCACCCCCGCCGGCGACAGCGACAGAAAGGUUCUCCUCAAGGUCUCCGCUUCACUGUCAGCUCGUGACGCGGGUAAGGCGGUGUGGCCAUACCUGUACGGGUUCUUGUCGGCACUGCUCGUCGUCGAGGCCAUCGUCAUCAGCCUCGGCUGCUGGCUCUUCUCAAGCAAAGGACUUUUCCGGCAAUCUCGCGUCUACGCCGUCGAAGAAGGCUACAAGCUGAUCACCAGCCACUUCCAGAGGUACACCUACGCGGAGAUCAGGAGGGCCACCGGCAACUUCACCGACGUGAUCGGCCGCGGCGGCUCCGGCGUCGUGUACAAGGGCGUCCUCGGCGACGACGAGAGGGUGGUGGCCGUGAAGGUGCUCAAGAACGUGAGCCGGCAGAGCGAGGAGGAGUUCCAAGCAGAGCUGAGUGUCAUCGGAAGGAUCUACCACAUGAACCUCGUCAGGAUGUGGGGUUGCUGCUCUCAAGGCAAGCACAGGAUUCUUGUCUCUGAAUUCAUAGAGAACGGAUCACUUGCACAGAAGUUGUUUCACAGGGUUGGAUCUGAUGAUGAUCAUGAUGUUCUUGAUUGGAAUCAGAGGUUCAGGAUUGCUCUGGGUGUGGCCAAAGGGCUGGCUUACCUUCACAAUGAGUGUUCAGAAUGGAUUGUUCAUUGUGACAUGAAGCCAGAGAACAUAUUGCUGGACCAUGAUUUGGAGCCCAAGAUUACAGAUUUUGGGCUGUCCAAGCUGUUGAACAGGGAUGGAUCGGAUGCUGCUUUGACACGGAUCAGAGGGACACGAGGGUACAUGGCUCCGGAGUGGGUAUCCAACCUACCGGUCACGGAGAAGGUCGAUGUGUACAGCUAUGGGGUGAUACUCCUUGAGCUGGUGAAGGGGGUUAGGGUUUCGGAAUGGGUGAUCCAAGGGAUCAAGGUUUGCGAGAUGGAUAUCAGGAUGGUUGUUAGGGUGACAUGUGAGAAGAUGGAAUCCAACGAGAGAGGAUGUACCGAUGAUCUUGUGGACUAUCGAUUGAAGGGUGAUUUCAACCAUGUGCAAGUGAAGAUGAUGCUUAAGACUGCUGUUUCAUGCUUGGAGGAAGAUAGGAGCAAGCGGCCAAACAUGAACUCUGUUGUGCAAGCACUUAUCUCGGUUGAAGAUUAAGGCUAUGCCUGUAUGUCACCUGAUGCAUUGUCAAUAUGUAUUUGUUGAUUGUUAUGUGUGAUAACUAGUUUUAACCUUAGACCCCUUUCAAGAAACAUUAGGAGUUUGUAUUGGCUAGUAGUACU